AUGUCAGCCAAACAAAGUCCUGAACAAAUUGAACGCCGCAAAAGGCAAAACCGUAUAAAUCAAAGAACGUACCGUAAGCAAGCCACUGCCAAGCUUCUCACUGCUUCCGAGGAUGGAUAUGGCGUCGCGGACAUCAUUCCUAUCCAUACCCCAUCGAGCGUUUCACCAGAUAAAGCGUUAAUACAUUCUCCAACGGAUUCUUUCACCAUUACUGCAUGCAGUCUAGCGCCAAGAGGUGCCUAUGAACGAGCAAAUGCAUUCAAAAAAGCUGCUUACCAGAGUUACAUGAUGGGUUCUCCCAAGGCUGAUCAUCUUCUGACCCUCAUCAAACUUAACGUUCAUCGCGCCUUGGCCGAGAACAUGGCGGCCCUAGGCAUGGAUAUGACCUGGAUGAAUCCUGAUGCGAUAUCUCCAUUUUGCACUUCGAAGCCAUGGGCCGCCACCAUCGGCAGAGUAAUCCCGGUGCACCUUCAACCGACGAACAUUCAGUGUACUAUACCGCAUCACCCAUGGCUGGACUUCUUUCCGCAUCCGAGGAUGCGUGACCAGUUGAUCGCGGCUGGGAAUUGGUUUGAUGAUGAACAGCUCUGUACGGAUAUUAUGGGGUUCUGGAGUGACAACAAGGAUAACCCAGGGUUGAUGAUUUGGGGGAAUCCCUGGGAGGUGGGCAAUUGGGAGUUGUCGGAGGGGUUUUUGAGGAAAUGGGGGUGGGCGGUUAGAGGAUGUCCGGAGUUGAUCAAGUCAACGAAUCAUUGGCGGGCGAUGAGGGGGGAGAAAUCAUUAUCGAUGCGUGAUGUGACAUGA